AAAGGAGAUUUGGCUUUUAAAAAAAUGAAAUGUUGCUAAAAUACAGUAGAUCUAUAUUUAGUGAUGGUUAAAUCUAGAUAAGUGUUUAUUGUAUAUCUUCUUUGCUGUUUGAAAAACCUUUUUGUUGAGAACGAAGAAUUUCACAUCUGCCUUUAAAAAAAGAAUAUCCAGAUGUGAAUGUCUCCUUGUCAGAUUACAUGCAAUAAUUAACUCUUGUGCAUACUUUUUCUUUAAUCCCACAACGGCUAUUAAGGACUCUUAGCAUUAGGAUGACUCUAGCAGGAAGCCAAGAGGGAAAGAAUGGCACAACCUCCCCUAUAUUUAUGGAAAAUCAGCCAGCAUCUUUCAGUUCUUCCUCCAGUUUUUUCCUCCUUAAAACAUGAUUUCCUCCUUGGGAAUAAUGGGCUUCUUACACUCUGUACACCUAUUUCUCUCACACAAGUUUCUUGUGCACGCUUAAAUCAUUUCAGACGGACUCCCUGGGCAAAAGGGUUUUGUGCACUCUCUCUUUAAGAUAGAAAGAAUAUUAGUAGCCAAUGAAGUGGCACUCUCCUGUUUCCAUGGUGACAAGGGAAACUAACCUUGUCUUGGGAGAAGCAAAGAUCCUGAUAAGAAACAGGACCUACAAGGGCUGCUUUUUUCUGAUAAACUUCUGCGGGUUCCAGUCUCUGGAAACGUCUGGACCCAAAGAAUAAAGCCAGCUGCUGUAUGAGAGUAACACAAAAUGUAAAGUUUUUUUCCCCUUGUUUUGUUUGCGAUUCAGGUCUGCAAAGGGGACACGCUCCAUUGCUCUUGGGUUUUGUGUUUUAGAAACUAAAGAACUUGAAACUGCUGCUAAGACCCAGAAGUGUUUUUAAAAAGCUGUUAAAUCCAAUAGAUCAUUCAGAUGAAUUUCUUGAGGGCUGGGCUCCCUGGAGGCCCCAAAGAGAUUUCAAGUUAUGUCCUGCCAGAAAUAACCCUUUUUUUUUUUUUUUUUUUUUAUAAGUAGAGCAGGCCUGAUUUGACUUCACCUGGAACUGUGGACUCAAGAGAUCUAAUUUAUUUAUCUUUGUUGUGGGCUCUGUUCAGCUUUGCGUUUUCUAAGGGUUUUUCAGCAGAUUAGUGGGGGAUGGGGACAAUCUCUCAGCUUUAUACACCUUGGAAACAGGAAGUUUUGCCUGAAUAGUUGACUUAAUUUUUUCCAUUUCUAAAUGUGAUCUCAUUACUCUUAGUUCUACCUCCCUUGUUAGCACACACAAUAAUCCCUUGCUGGUUACACCCUUCCAAUACUUGUAGGCUAUUACCAUGAUCCACCCCCCUUAGCCCUCUCCUAGCUCAAUCUAGGCUACUUUAAUCUUUCCUGUAUUCCCCCCCUAAUUAUUGUUCUUCUCUAAAGUGCCUCUAAAUUCUUUCUAGUGUGAUGAUUCCACUGCUGAGUAGUGAUGGUGUCAGCAGAGGGUAUUAUGGUAAAUUUGUUACUGUUUUUUCCCAUGUUCUGUGGAGCAUGGUAGGUGGCCAGGAAGAGAAAAUUUCAUGGCAGUUUUGAAGAGUGGGACAGGAUGCUGAGGGCUUGGGAAGAGCACAGAGUUGAAGGCAAAUGGAGAGUGCAAACUGGAACCCAUCAGUUGCUAGGGUCUUUAGAGCCUUACUCAUGAUGCACCUGGCAUGCUACUAGGAACUGUGUCAGACUAGGUUGGGUACCAUGACAACCCAGAGCCUUGUACCUAUGGUUACACUAGCGAUCAGUUAUCCUGGUGUGGUCGGACCACAGGCAUAUACAGCAGGUUGAUUGCCUGCCUUGUCAGUGAUGUUACAGCUCUCCAUGCAGGCCAAAAUUGCAUUGAUCUUUCUUUGGAUCCCCAAAGGAUGGAUUUGUCCCAGCCCUACUUGUAAAUGAAAGAGUGAAUCUCCAUGACCAUUUGAAAGUAGCCAGCUGUUUGUGAAAUCUCCAAAAUUCCUCCCCUGUCCACAGUGUGUCUGGGGCGGAUCACUGUCUGAGUUAGAUAGUUGGUGUACAUGAAAUGGAAAGAUACCUGUGCUUGCAUAUGAGUAUAAGAUAAAGAUCAGACUUGGAACCCUUAAUGUGUGAGAGUGAAUUCUGUGCUCAGAUACAUGUGUGUAACUUACAGAACUCAAUGGGAGUUCCAUGUAUGCAUCCAAGGGCUGAAUCUGGCUUUCUGUGUACUGUGGCUGUGUUGGUCUCCCAUAAGAAGAAGGUGAUAUUUUCUCUGACUUACAAAAAAAUUCCAAGACUAGUAAAUGCUUCUGACUCCUCAUAUCUUUGUUUCAUCUCCAGCCUUUUGCCCAGCCAGGGUUCCUGCUAUACAGACAUGUCUCAUUCCCCCUUUUUGUACUGUGCCUGUUGGGACCCUUGGAAUGUGCAGGGUAAAAGGCUAAUUAAGACCAUGCCAGGCUUACCGAAUCAGAAAGCCAGGUGGUCCUCACUAGGCAUGAUCUUGAAAAACCAAAAUAGUUUCCUGUUUGCUAUAAAACCUCCCAGCACAUCCAAACGGAUAUUGCCCAACAGAAAAUAUGGAUAUCGACUGCGAAGCAGAGAACCACCUGAUACUUCAGGGGAGUUCAUAGAAAUCUCACCUGGUUAUACCUUGACUCGGAGUAAAGAACAUCUCUCCGUCACACUAGGGGAGGAAUUUUUUGAAAGAAAAAGAACUACUGAAGAACCGGCCCCUCCCUUUGUUCCCAGAAGCCCAGUGAAACUUGAGACGGAGGAUAUUAUUACUGACUUAGAGGAACAGAUUGCUGAGCUGACAGACAUGAUGGAGCAACUGCGCAGAGAUCAUCAGGCCUCCCGCAAACUGUUGGAGAAGGAUAUGGAAGAAAAAUGCAAUGAAAUGCAACAGGAGCAUGAAAAUAAGAUCAGGGAACUCCAAGAAGCUCACUGUGCAGAGCUCCAGGCCUUGCAAGUGCAGUGCAAGAAAGAACUGAGGACUGAGAGGGCCUCUGCACAAGAGAAAAUGGAGGUGAUGCAGAAGGAAUACAGGUAUCUGAAGAAUGCAUUCCGAAUGUACCAGGACAGUGUUUCUGAUGAAAUGGAGGAGAAGUGGCUGAGAAGGCAGGCUGAAUGGAAGAAGAGUGAGAGGACUGAGCGGGAGAAGGCACUGUUAAAGCAAAAACAGGAAUUGAUGAAGACAUUUGAGAUGGAGAGAGAGCAGCUAAAGAAAUCAUCUCAGGGUGGGAACUCCAUGAUGAAUAAACUCUACCAGCAGGAAAGAGAGGAGCAUAUUGAACAGCACCAGAAAGAUGUGGAGAAAAUAGAAGAGUUGCAAAACAUCAAGGAGUCUCUGGAAGCCGAUCUGAAGGAGAAGGACCAAAUUCUCCAGGCUCUCACCACAACAAUGCAGAACACUCGCGGGGAGCUUCAGAAAGAGAAAAGCAACCUGAUGGAACUGGAGAAAAACAUUCAACAGAAAAUCUCGGCAGUUGAAUUAAAACACCAGCUCAAUAUCACUUCCUUGACGGAGGAAAAUGCCGUUCUGAGACGCAAACUGAUCACAAAGAGUGAAGAAGCAUAUAAUGAAAGAGUCCGUCGAAAGAGUCAUAUAAUGAAAGAGUCCGUCGAAAGAGUCAUAUAAUGAAAGAGUCCGGCGGAAGAGUCAGUUAUCAGUAUUGCUCUAAUGGGAAUGUGACCUUGUUACUAAGGGAAACUUGCUGAUGAUGGUAAAUCCAAAUGUAGCAAUAUGUUCAAGUUUAUUUUUCCAUUUCUGUAGGCAAUGCCAAAUCUGCAGUCUCUCACUCUUCCAAAUCAAUCAGUCAUAUUCAAGGUGUCCUAUUUUUGUCCUGUCAUUUCCAUUUUGCUUUGUUUCCAGAGAGAGCGAUGGAUGCUGGCCCCAAGUAUGUGUGCUGCACUAUGAUGCUCAGCUGACUCCUAACUCUGCUCAAGCUCGCUCUUACCAGGACAGGCUGGUGUGGUGUAGAUGAAUGGGUGCUCAGAGGCUAAU